AUGGAACUACAAGAAAACGCAAUCCACGAGCGGCGGCGGUGGAUGAUGCCCCAAUUGGAUUUGCGAUACAAUUCCUCGAUUGGCACUGUACAUGAGUUUGCGGCAUCCAAGUACUUUGUCAGAAUGAUGAUGACGCACCCGUGGCGAACCCGUGACCCCUCUCUGGCCGAAAUCUUCAUCAUUCCGGCCGAUGUCGAACCAGUCUAUUUGGAGGCGAGCGGGCCAUGCAGCGCUCAGCACUACCAGCAACACUUGUGGGCGUCGCUUGACGCUGUGUUUGAAAAGCCAUACGUGCGAGUUCGUCAGGGUGCAGACCACUUUUGGAUGAUGUCAUCAAAUGAUCCUGAACGAAUGAUCGAAAAGCAUGCGCCUGCAUUGGCAGAGCAUUUGCGUUCCUUGAAUCAUUUGCAUUUUAUGAGCGUUGGUGUCAUUGAGCUUUUUCCUUUGCGCUCCCUCAUGGCAUUGCCUGUUGUUGGUGAAAGAGACAGCUUCGUGCUCAACGGCACACGAAGGAAACGUGCUUGGCGAUGUUCAAUGCCGGUGCCCUUUGUUCAUAGCUUUCCGUUCUCAAAUCAGGGUUCAGCUUUUGUCUCAUUUCAGGUGUGGAUGCGGAGAAAGUUUUUGUUUUACCAUCAGUUCUCGGGCUUCUACCAAGAUGACUACUCGAGGCUACUUAGAGUGCAGGCGCUGAAGAUCCCCUCGGUUGCACGAUCUUCGGACAGCGUGUGGGUAGGAGAUCGCUUUGUGGAAAGUGAGGAGCUAGCACGUGGCUUUCGGAGCAGCCGCUUUUGUUUUGCAAUCGCGGGACGGAGAGGAGGCCCAACUCGGAAGUUUUACGAUGCUGUGGCCAAUGCUUGUAUUCCGGUAGUAGUCAGCGACCAGUGGCCCUUCUCAUUUGCGCCCUUUCCACAUCACGUGCGGCAUGAAGACUAUGCGGUAUUUAUUCCGGAGGAGCGUUGGUUGAAGGAUUUAACGGGUGUUAUCCGUCAGUUAGAGGGGAUGCCGCUCCGUGAGCUUGCUGCGCGCUACCGAGCUUUGAGGGAGGUGGCGCCGCUAUUGGUGUACGACCGCCCUGACAGUCACGCACUGGGGGCUGUGCUCCUUUGGGAGCUUCAAAAGAAUUGUGGCGCUGGGGCCCCUCGUGAUGAGCAAAGGUAUCCAGUCGAUGUGCCGUUGAGUCGGCCAAAGCCCAACAAGCCUGUGAACGGCACAGCAGUAGCUGCGCAUUUGCUGAGCCAAUCUGGACCACAUGCAUUAGUAUGGCGAAAAGAUCCAAAACUUGCAAUGCGAUAUGUUGGUUGA